AUGAUCCACGCCUGCUCCAAGAGGCCAUUGAUGAAGUGUACCGCUGGGCUAGCCGGUGGAACCUACCUUUGUCUAAGGACAAAACUAAAUCUUCGCAUAGGCCGAUUCUCCAUCGAUGGGAUGCUAUUGGAACGGGUCACACAAAUCACCGAUCUAGGAUUUCUUAUCUUUCAUGGUUACUCGGGUAUUAGGCCUAGCGCAUUGAUGGGAAUUCACGAAACAACGACUAGAGGCUCGGUAAGGAAAAUUACCAUUCCGCGAGCUAGACGUAACGUUAGACACCAUCUCUUCCUCAAUCGAACCUGCCAAGAGUUUCAUAGGAUACUCUCCUUGGGAAGGUCAUCCAAUAAACUUACUUCCUUUAAAGCCACUCUGGAAAAGUAUCCUGAUGUCACAUUUACUCUGUUUGAUGGGCUCAAAAAUUGUCUGCUUCACUUCCUGUGUGCUGCUUCUUUCUGUUGUUUGUGUUGCUACUAA